AUGAGUACCGCCGGACUAUCGCAACAAUUCUGCGUUCGCUGGAACAGCCAUCUGGGCAGCUUGGGAGCAGCCUUUCCACAGUUAUUGGCCGGACAAAGGUUUGUCGAUGUGACGCUGGCAUGCGAGGGCCAUCAGGUGCAUUGCCACCGGUUGGUGUUGGCCGCAUGCUCGACGUACUUUGAAAAUCUGCUCGGUGAAAAUCCCUGCCAACAUCCGAUCAUCAUCCUGCCUCGAGACAUCAAGCUGUGGGCCAUACAAGCGCUGGUGGAUUUUAUGUACAAAGGAGAAGUGAACGUAUCUCAGGCAGGACUGCCGGAUCUGAUGAAAUGUGCGGAGGUGUUGAAAAUUCGCGGACUUUGCGGGUCAGACGCGGCGCUUAACCUCAAUCAAAUCCACAGCCCACUGGAGGGCGGCAGUGGGAACUAUCAGCAGCAUCAACAACAGCACACUGCAAGUAGCAGUGACGGUACAGAUAAUGGCGGCCACUCAAAGACGUCGGACGGGUCCUUACCGAGACAGGGCGGCAACCAGUUCCAAAAUCAACACGAACAGCAUUCAAAGUCACAGAAAACCAAUACCUCUAGUGGACCAAAGGGACAGCUUCUGGGUAGUUUACACCUGCAGCCUACCGAAGCAAGGAACCAUCACCAAGAUGACGAUGCCAAUCAUAGUGAUAAUGGCGAGAGCGGCAAUGAAAUGUGCAUAAAGACGGAGGAUUUAAUGAUUGACGAAGAUACCAGCAGCAGACCAUGCGGGGAUGACGAAGACGCAACAAUGGAUGGGAAUGAACAUCUUUCCUCUGACGGGAUUCGCUGCGAGCAGUUCCUCGGCGUUCAUGCGAUGGAUGCGGAGGAGCAAGUGCACGCUCGGGUUGGAAGGGAUUCCCUGCAGGACCGAGUGGUGGAAGAGGAAGAGAUUGAGGAGAGAGAAAAGAUGAUGGUCAGUGAUGGUAGUGGGAUGGUGGACAAAUCAGACGAAUUGCAGACCGUAGAUCAGCAUCAUCACGAUCGAGUUCAAGGCGAUUACGAUAAUUACGCUAUCGGAAACGAGAGUGAUUAUGAGGAAGACUACGAUCUGAUGGAGGUGCGAGACGAGACAAAAGACCCUGGCCUGGCCGCACAGACAGAAGCACGAAAUAGCAAGGGAAUGCGCAGGAAAAUUAAGAAACUCACCCUCAGUCACAACGAACUAGCAGCCAUAGGUCCUACAACUGUUGCCGGCGGCACUAAUGCUAGAAAAAACGGCAACCGGAAUGCAACCGACGGUAGUCGAGCAAACGGGACGUGGCCCAUCGGUGCGGUGCCAUCGCUUUCUUCCAUAACCGCUGUACGGUCAACUCCCGGUGGGUCCAGGGGAUCGAUUCGGGUGAAAUCGAUCGAGAAUCUCUUCGAAAACUAUCAAGCCAAACAAUCACCAAAGUCUUCCCGCGAGAAAAGAAAACUCGCGCAGCAGUCCUCGGUGCUCAUGCUGGACUGCAGUGGUGCCAAUAACAGUGAAAUAGACAGUGCCAGUGAACAUACCGCGAGCGGUAUUUCUUCCUCGAUGGUGUACAAUCGAAAUAAGCUGGAGGUAUACGCCAAACAACCGCAGGUUCUUGCGGAUCGUCCCGAUCGUCGUUCCGCCAACGCUGGUAGUGAUGGCUGCGAUGAAACAAAUGCUUCCACCAAUGCCACCGAUGGCGAUGGGUACGAGAAUAUCAUCUGUUCGCCAAACUUUCCCCAACUGACCGAAGUCGUCGGCACGUACAAAGCGGAGGAGGAGGACGACGAAGAGGAGGACUACGGGGACGAGUACGCCAUCAAGCUGAUGGCGGAAGAAAUCGAUAGCAGUAUGAUUGCGAAUGGGGGCGAUAGCGAGGGUGAUGAAAUCCUCUACAAACCGCCUCCACUGAUGGCCAUCGGUGGCCCAAAGGGAUCCGAAGGUAAUGCGAAGUCUUCGAUGCUGCGAACAUACGGAAGAGCGGGAGGAGGAAUGAGCGCCGGAAAUGGAGCUUCCUCCACGUUGACGAUCCGCAAGAUUGAUGUCCGGGGAAAUAUGUCUGCAUCGCAAGCAAACAGUUUGGGUCGCACAGGUCGACGGCCCAGAUUGUUGGGCCGCUCGAAGGACCCCUUGCAUCAGUUGAUAAAUUCCAACGGUACGGCACCGCCAAUCGCGUUCACGCUGCGAAAUCCGCGUGGUAACCAGCCGCGAACGUACACCACCGAAGCGUUGUGGGCGGCACUGAUGGACGUGAAGGCAGGUGAAAGUAUCUACCGCGCAUCCCAAAUGCACAAAGUUCCUCGCAAGACCCUUCGGAAUUGGAUGAAGCGAUGGGACAUAAAAUCUGCAUACCCAAUGCCUAGACAGCUGAAGGAAGCCGCGGAGAAGAAGCGUAUCAUCAAGGAACUGACAAGCCAAAUACAAUAG